AUGGACAAAGCAUGCUGCUAUAGCCACAUCUGCCCUAGUCCAAGGAAAUAUUACAGAAUAAGCAAGAAUGGGAAAACGGACAAGCAUGCUGCUAGAGCCAUGUCUGCCCGAGUGCAAGGAAUGUUACAGAAUCAUCAACUAACAGCUGUGUUUUUUGAGAAAAACAUGUUUUUCCCUGGUGGUCAAAACCAGGAUGUGAAACUGGAACAGGCUGCUCAGCCCUAUCCUGACCAGAACCUGCACCAUUAUUUUCCCUUCCGUAGCCUGUCUCUGUCUCCAGUAAGGACUUCCUGGCUAUUUAGAAAUCCGGGACAACCCGUGAGUGUCUUGCAACAACACAAAGCAGAAUCUCCUAGGUGGAAUCCAAUGUCACCACAUCAGAUUGCAGGUAGUAUUUUACUACACUAUAUUGUUCAUCAGGUUGUUUUUUUUUUGUGCUCUGUUAUUUUUAUAGGAAGAAAUGGAAUAACAACAAAUGAUUUAAACAGAACUGAAGUUACAGAAUUUCUUCUGAUGGGAUUUUCAAACUCCUUGGAGGUUCAGAUCUUACAUGCUGUUCUUUUCUUAUUGGUUUACCUGGCAGCUCUCAUGGGGAAUCUCUUAAUCAUCAUGCUCACUGCUCUGGAUGCCCACCUCCAAACUCCGAUGUAUUUCUUUUUGAGAAACUUAUCUUUCUUAGAUUUUUGCUACAUCUCUGCCACAGUUCCCAAAUCCAUCGUCAAUUCCUUGACCCAUAAUACCUCCAUUUCUUUCUUUGGGUGUGCUGCGCAAGCCUUCUUUUUCAAUGACUUGGCAUCUACUGAGAUAGCCAUCCUUACAGUGAUGUCCUAUGACCGCCAUGUGGCCAUCUGCCAGCCCUUGCACUAUGAGGUCAUCAUGAACCGAGGCGCCUGUGUGAGGAUGAUGGUGAUAUCGUGGCUCAGUGGGAUGAUUUGUGGGUUCAUGCAUGUGGCAACAACAUUCUCAUUACCCUUCUGUGGGUCCAAUGUAGUACAUCAAUUUUUCUGUGAUAUCCCACAGCUCUUGAGCCUCUUAGAUUCUGAAGUAAUCAUUAUUGAGAUUGGAGUCAUGGUUUUUAUUACAAGCCUUGUAGUAGUCUGUUUUGUUUCCGUUACUUUCUCUUAUGUGUCAAUUUUUUCUGCCAUUCUGAGGAUUCCAUCCAAGGAGGGUAGAUCAAAAACAUUUUCUACCUGCAUUCCACAUCUUAUGGUUGUAACACUCUUUAUGAUAUCUGGUAGCAUUGCUUAUGUCAAGCCAAUUUCAGAUUCCCCUUCAACGUUAGAUCUUCUCCUGUCUGUGUUCUACACAGUCAUACCCCCCACCCUGAAUCCUAUCAUCUACAGUCUGAGGAACAAAGACAUGAAGGCAGCCCUGAGAAGGCAGUAUGGUAUGCUUCAUGGGUAUUUUGACUAG